AUGAAGGAAGAUAAGGAAAACACUAGACCGAAGGAGAAAAGGGUGGAAAUAAGGUGUGAAGAUGGAGAAAAGUUGGAGAAGCCGAAAGAAAAGAAAGAGGCCAUGACAAAGGUAAAACUUGCUAGCUGCGUUAGCUAAGUUGGCUACAUGUCGCUUGAUAGAACAGCAUUUUAUUUUAAGUGAAACAAACUCAAGUUUAAAGAUAUAACUCAAGUUUAAAGAAAACCAGAUCUGAGUUUGAAUUAGCCUAGCUUCAGGUUAACAUGUGUUGCUUCCUUACUGAGUUUGACAAAUGAAACUUUGAUCUGUCAAACUGAAAUGAUCUCUUUCAAAGAUCGUGAUCAGACGACUGCCACCAAGUCUCACUAAAGAGGAGCUGGAGGAGCAGCUACAGCCUCUGCCAGAUGUUGACUACCUGGAGUUUUUCUCUAACGACACCAGGUCAGUUUAUAAAACGGUUUUAUCCUGUAAAAAUCACUCAAAGUGACCCCUCAUGAACAAAAUUGUCUUUACUGUUCUUUCCAUCCAGCCUUUACCCUCACCUUUUCGCAAGGGCUUACAUCAACUUCAAAAACCAGGAGGACAUAGUUCUCUUCAGAGACCGUUUUGAUGGAUACGUGUUCAUUGACAGCAGAGGUAUAAAACACAUACUUUUACUGCUAACUUUACACUCUUUUCAGACAUAAAUGAAGACUUCACCUCCUUGGUAUAUUUCGUUUCCACAGGACAAGAGUAUCCUGCCAUUGUGGAGUUUGCACCUUUUCAAAAGACUGCAAAGAAAAGAAGUAAGAAAAAGGAUGCGAAAUGUGGAACUAUUGCAGAGGGUAAGCUUUUUGUCACAUGUCCAAUUAUAAUAAUAAUAUAUGAUCUUGUGUAGAAUCAGAAGAAUCAUAUCUGCAUGCACAACCAAAUUCCAUUAUUAUUUAUCUCUAAUUCGAAGAUAAAGAGAAAUGGUCCUUCUUUUUUUAACUGAGUUUUAGUUUUAAAACCCUAAGUCUAACUAUGAGUGACUUUAUUUUUGUUUUCUGUAUGUUUCCAUUCAGAUCCUGACUACAGGAAGUUCCUUGAGUAUUAUAACGGGGAUGAUGAAAAGUUGGCCUCAACACCUGAGACCCUGUUGGAAGAGCUUGAAGCAAAGUCCAAGGAGCUUGUUGGUAAGAUGACUGUUCUUUGAGUAAAAAAAAAAUUGCACUUAAACAUUUACGUUUGUAACUUUAAGUAGUCACAGAGUGAGUAUAAAUGUGUUUGUUUUCCCUUUCAAAGCCAAGAAAACCACCCCUCUGUUGGAUUUUCUCAAGAAUAAACAGGUGAGUAAGUGCUGUGGUCUAACAUUCUGAUGUAUUUGUCAUGGAUGUUAAAUUGCAAGGGUAGCCUCAUGUCUUGUUUUAAUGCUAUGCAGAGGAUAAGGGAGGAGAAAAAAGAAGAGAGGAGGAGAAGGGAGCUUGAACGCAAGCGUCUGCGCGAUGAGGAGCGUCGAAAGUGGAGAGAGGAGGAGAGAAGGAAGCGCAAAGAGGCUGAGAAGAUGAAGAGACUUGAGAAACUGCCAGAGAAAGACAAAGACCAAGUCAAAGAAGAACCAAAAAUAAAGGUGUGCUGCAGUGGGUUUAAGUGAUGUAAACCUGUGUGGGUUUUUUUUAUGUAUUUGAUAAUAUUUACAUCUUUUGACUGAGUAGCUCCUGAAGAAGCCAGACAGAGGUGAUGAAGCAGAUUCUGAGAAGCCUAAGGAGAAAGCCAAGAAACCAGAGAAGCCAAUCAAAGAGGACAAAUUCAUGGGGAGUAGUGACCACAAGAGGCGUCACAACAGUGAAAAUAAGGAAGAACGAGGAAGAAAGUAAGUUCCUUUUAAGAUUUUAAAAAUGAUUUUUCAGUUAGUUCAGAGUUUUGUAAAUGGAGAUUUUGCUUGAAACACAGAGGUGAUGAAGAAGGACGGAAAGAGUUCAGGGAGCGUGGUGCAGACCGAGACAGAGAGCGCGAAAGAGAGCGGGAGAAGGAGCGGCGGCAGAAGGAAAAGGAGCGUCUCCGGCGUCAGGAUGAAGAUCGGCGAAGAAGGAGAGAGCGGCAGGUUGGAGAAAAUUCAUGCAGGAAGCGGGAAGAUGAGGUCAAGAAAGAAAAAGACCGUGUGUUGGAGAAGAAGAAGGGUGAAAAUGCCGGUGAUGCUGCUCCCUCUGAGAGGACAGAAAAGCCUGCCAAAGACAACAAGAAGGAGGACGGUGGUAAAAGAGAGAGACUACGAAACAAGGUAAUGACCGCAGCCUGUCAAAUUCUAUAACUAUCUCCUGCAAAUAUUUUAAAAUACUCAUCAGUGAUGUUUCUUUGAAUCAGGACCGACCCGCUAUUCAGCUGUACCAACCAGGGGCUAGAAGCCGCAACCGGAAUACAGGAGGAGACUCCAACUCUGCGGACAGGAAGCCAGAUACUGAGACGGAGAAAGUGGUCGACAAAGGAGACGACUGA